UUAAGUCAGGUUAAGUUAAUGGCGUAGCUACUUUUUGAUAGGUUAAUUUUUUCAUCCCGCCAAAACGUGGUUUUAUAUUGUAGAGAGCUCGAAUUCGACAAUGGAUGAGCUAGUAGAAAUCAUUUCGUUUUCAUUAUCAAUUGUAGCUUUAUUUUCGAUGUUUACACUGCUGGCUGUGAAAAUUUAUUUUAAAAUAAGGAGAUGUUUUCCAAUAUCAGUUAAUUGUUGGUUCUGCAAUACUUGGACCAGGGUGCCUUAUGACAAUCAGAAUUGUUUUGACUGUCCCAGUUGUUUACAAUACAAUGGAUUCACUGAAGAUGGUGGAUAUAACAAAGUUAUUGAAGCUCAACAUAAAUUCAUUAAAACACCAAAAUCCAAAUCUCAUAGAAACUCAAAUGGACUUUGCACUUCUUGCAACCAUAAUCAACAGUUAAAAAUAAGUCAACUAGCAAAAUUCACCCCACUUAUUGAAGAGAAUUAUGAUGAGGAAAUAGAACAUUUCAGAAACCAACUGGAAAAAGCAUAUGAAUUAUGUAGGCCCUGUAAGAAAUUUUUAAAAAAUACAUUGUUGAGGGAAAAGGCUAAUUUCCUUGGAAACCAUGUCUUCAACAUCCAAAAAAAAGGAAGAAAUCUUUACGAAAGGCUGAUAAAAAAAUCUGCUGUUUGCAGUUCAAGACCUCACUUACUAGGGGUUCUCAGGGGUAUUCAGGGUCUCUUGGCAAUACUCGUUAUACUGAAAAUUACAUCAGAUGUUCUGAAUAGUUUGCAGCCAGAUUGGUUUCCUGUUUACUUGCUGCCAUAUCUUCAGUUGUAUCAAGACAUAUCAACAAGUUUAUCAUCCAUGAUCAAAAAUAAAAUAUUUACCUCAUUCAGUCUUUCAUCAGGUGAUUUUGAAUUCAACAACUUAUGGGUUUACAGUUCUAUUGGUUUCUUUAUACAUCUUCCCUUGUUAUCGAUGGAGCAGACUUUGAUGUGCAUUAAAAUAAAUCAAUUUUUAUGCUGGAGCUUCUUGGCACUUUUAUCUUGGACCAAAUCGCAAGAAAUGCUCAUGAGUUCAUUUCAGAUCGUUUGCGCUUGCCUCAUAUUCUAUAAUUCAUUCUAUGAAUUCCAAACAACUCUUAGUAUUAACAAAACUAUGAAGAAACUGCCUCGAAGCUGUAACACCAGCUGUGAUAGUGACGAUUUUUCUGAUAACGAAGAAGAUUUCAAAUCAUAUAAUCAUCAUGACUCUAUGUUCAAUAAGACUGAAAAUCUCACUGCCAACAAUAUAUUUAAUAGAAUGUCCAAAACCACCAGGAGUGGUUCUAAAUCGAGCCCAACCUAUAGGUCUGACCUACAGAAUUUAAAUCUGAGUAAGUCAACUUUAACAUUGGAAACAGCAGAUCCAUUAUUAUUCAGUAGAUCAUCUUCUCCAAAAAAUAAACAAGGCCUUAUAUCUCCUUCCAAGUUGAGUCAUAUUGAUCAGAAUUCAUGGGUUGCUGGAGGUUUUUGGAAAAGUGACGAUGGAACACUUAUACCCAUUAAUCCAAAUGCAACUAAGUCUUACAGUCAGAGUUCAGGUUUUUGUUCACAAGUGAAUGGGAAGUUCCCUUCAGUUUUUAAUAGUGACCAAUUUCAUUCACUGCCCACUUCAAUUGAAACUUCACUUUCUGGAGAUUUUGACAGGCUAUCGUUAGCCCCAAAAUCGCCCUAUGUUUCUCCUUCAGCUUCCCCGCCUGUUUCAAGGAUGGAGAAUCUCAAUUAUGCCUCGCCAAAUCAUUAUUCAAGUCCUCAUAAUUCUUUUAACUCGUGGACUUCCAACCAAAGUUUCGUGAAAUAUAUGAUGCCACCAGCUCCUCUGGGUUUGCAUAGAAUUGAUACACCUGUUGGUUUAUUUAAAUCUUCUCUGGGUUCAGCUGCAAAUAGUCCCAAUUCAACUUAUAUUAAUAGAAACUUUGGAAUGCCUAGAAGUUCUCUGUGAGGAACCCAACUGGAAUAUUAGAUUGAUUUUGAUAUUUUUCUGGUGGAGAUCACCACUUGAUGAUUGAUCCAAUUUGGGCCUGAUUUUUAAGAAAAUGAAUGUAUUCACUUAACUGCCCCUAGAAAAAAGUCAAUCUAAUUUUGGGGA